AUGCCUGUCUCCCAACAAGCCGAGUUCACCUUCCUGCCGUUGGGCGCCAUCAUCCAGGAAUUCCGUGUCGGCGACAAGAACAUCGUGCUCGGCUUCCCCACGCAGGAUCACUACGUCCAGUACAACACCCCGCACUUCGGGGCCACCAUCGGCCGUGUAGCCAACCGCAUCAAGGACGGCCUGAUCAAGGACUUGAACGGUCAGCAGGUCCAGCUCGCGCAGAACAAUGGCCCCAAUGCUUUGCACGGCGGUCCCAAGGGCUGGGGCAAGCGCAUCUUCGACGGCCCGCAUACCGUCCAGCGCCAUGGCCGCGACGCAUUGCUGUUCAAGUACCGCUGCGUAGAUGGUGAGGAGGGCUACCCCGGGACCCUGGACGUGCGCGUCUGGUAUACAGCCAGCAAGGAGGAGGAGGCGAAGUCGAUCUUGACGGUGGAGUAUGAGGUGGAGUUUGUUGGUGAUGAGUGCGAGGAGACGGUCGUCAAUAUCACGAACCACAGCUACUUCAACAUUGGUGACAGCACCACCGUCUCUGGCACCACUGCCCAGCUUGCCACCGCCGACUACCUGCCCCUCGACUCGACCGGCAUCCCUGAGGGUGGCAUCGCCAAGUUUCCCCGCAACGUGACGGAGCCCUUCGUGCUGGACGCGAAGGAGCCGCACAUCGACGACGUCUUUCUCAUGGAGACCGACCCCUCUAAGAUCCCCCUCGACACCCGCGCCCUGCCCCUGCGUCUCCUCGCCCAAUUCAGCCACCCCAACACCGGCCUACAUCUUGAAGUGCACAGCACCGAGCCCGCCUUCCAGUUCUACACUGGCAAGUACAUCAAUGUCCCUGAGGUCGACGGCGCCCCACCCCACGGCGAAGGCGCGGGCUUCUGUGUCGAGCCUAGCCGUUACGUCAAUGCUAUUAAUGAGCCCGCCUGGCGCAACAUGGUCCUGCUGAAGAAGGGCCAGGUUUUCGGCUGCAAGAAUGUGUAUAAGGCCUGGAAGGCGUAA